GCAUAAGAAUGCAGAGGAAAGGAAUUCUGAUUCAUUCAUAGCCAAACUUGAGAGAUUAUCGAUAGAUUUCUCCCAGAGGUUGGACAAACGUCACAAUUUGCAUUGAAUCAUUGAUGAAUGAACAUGAUCAUCACCGUCUUCCUCUCGCCACGAUUUUCUUGCUUUACACAAAUUUAUCUCGUUUCCUUUUUGCUGGACGGACUGACUACGAGAUUCAGUCGGAGAGACUUGCCUCUUGAUAGGGUAUGCAGAUAAACGAAUCCAUCGGAGAGUUCACUUCUUCCUCCAGAAAUUUCUCAAAUUUUACCCAUUUCCACCGAGUUCACAUUGAGAAAAAGAGAGCAAAGGGAAGAAAGCUGGUUGCAAAUUGUGGAGCAGGAUUCGGGGGAAAGAUUUUUUUACUCCUCCGGAACAAAUCACGUCUUUCCCCCAAAUUUGAGCCAUUGAGCCAGAGAUCGAGAUUUUGCUAGAGGAGGAACUUCCGAGCAGACGUUGGCGUUCUGGGGGUCAACCAGACAUUUCUCGGAGGACAGAAAGCGCUUGUCGCCGAAAGUAGACCGUCUUCAAGGGAACGGACGACUUCUUCCUCCUCACUCCGGCCAACCAUGUGACGAUGACCACGUGUCAUCACCUUCAGCUAACAGCAGGUCAUCAAAAGCUAAGCAAUUCUUACCCCACGUUGGCACAAAGCUUGGUCGUGGAGAAGAUGUUCCCAUGCAAAAUCUGCCUUCGUCCCUUCACCAACGCAACCAGUGCUCACUUCCACGCUCGCACCCACUUCAACCUCGACGAGCUGGAGCAGUCCUCACUUUUCCAUGAAAAGUGCCCCCACUGCCAAAAAGCGUUCUUCAUUCGUCAACACUUUACAGACCAUCUCUUCGUCCACAUGAGCUCGGAGGAGCGCGCAGAGGUGCGGCAGGGCUGGCGUCACGACUGCUACUUUUGCAAAAAACGAUUCCCCACGCCAGCUCAACUCAGUCGUCAUCUUCCGCGCCACACGAAGGAAAAGCUGGGCGGAAGGUGUCACCUUUGUCGAAAAACGUUCUGCUCCAAACACGCCCUGACCAGUCAUCGUUUCCUCCACUUCAACGAAGCCGAAAAGGUCGCACUCGUGGAGCAGCGUGUAAGUCGAGUGUGCUUAUUUUGCCACAAGAUUUUCGCCAACAACCGCACUUAUCAUGAGCACCUGGUCUCCCACACGAAGGAGAAACCUUUCCCCUGCGACCAGUGUGGGGCGCUGUUCGGUUUAAAAUAUAACCUAAACAGGCACGCACGCAUUCACAGCGCGGAUCCGCGACCCUUCAAGUGCACCCAAUGCGGUCAAGCCUUCACUCAAAAAGUAACUCUGAACAGGCACAAGACGACGGUGCACCGGAAGUUGAAGGACUUCGCUUGCCCCGAGUGCCCCAAGAAAUUCGGGAGGAAGGGUGACAUGGUGCGACAUGUGAAGGGUGUCCAUGUCAAAAUCCGGCACCCUUGCCCCCACUGUGGUCACACAUUUACGCAGAAAGGCUAUCUUGCGACGCAUUUGAAGAAGUUUCAUCCCUCUGAGUAAAGUCCCCCAACUGACCCCUCAUCAGAUUGCGACAUGUUUCCCAUACUUUUUCAAUUUUUUUAUAACUUUUUCAGAUUUCACUAUUUACGACGCGAUAAAUAUUCUUGUACGACUCAUGAAAAUGGCAUAAUUGAAGUAUUAAGUUGUAAACAUGACCCCAUUUUUGUUACCUUUUUGACCAUGACGAUUUUUUGUAGUAAAGUCAUUCUCUUUUGUAUAAAA